CCCUCUUUUAACCUCUAGCAGGCUAGCGAGCUCCCCUUCAAUUUUAGUCCUCCUUGGUCCUUCCAAAAAAUCUCCGGGAGCUUAUGUUGGCAGCAGAGCAGCCAGUUUGGUUCCGUCGCUCCAAUCCCAAUCCGUUCCAUUCAUCUAUACUCUGUAACUGUAAUUGCUGAUAUUUUCAUUGCUCGAUUCAGUAAUGGCGAUAUCUCUCGCAAGCCAAGCACUAUCGUCCUCUGCUCUUUCCUUCAACAACAAAACCCUAAACUCCUGCGCUAAACCCAAUCCUCCCCUCUUCUAUCCGCAAAACAGACCUCUCAAGGGAUGGUGCUCUGCUUUCAUUUCUCCCCUACGGCCGUUACGCAGCAGCAGCAGCAAGAGAAACUACUUCCACAUCCAUGGUUCCGGUUCCUUCCUUGCUCGCUGCGCAGUCCACGAAGCCGCUUCUGCCGAUAUGCUUACAAAUGAGGAAGAUCGUGCUCUACAGAAUGAUGUAAAAGAUACAGAGGACGAUGUGGAGGAAACGAAGGAGGAAUCAGAAUCCAUUCCACAGAACGAAUCUGAUUUGAAGAAUGUUUUUGCAAGUUAUCGGGAAGCUAUCCUUUCUGGCGACCAGGAGACUGCUACUGCAAUUGAGGCUGAGUUAAAUGCCAGUGAAAGCACGAAAAAUGAGCUAGUACUAAAGGUGUCGGCUUUGUCCGUGGAGAUAACUUCUGGCAGGGACAGAUACAUCCGCCUGCAGGCAGAUUUUGAUAAUUUCAGGAAAAGAUCAGAGAACGAGAGACUGAACAUCAGGAGUGAUGCCCAAGGAGCAGUGAUCGAGAGCCUUCUGCCCAUGGUUGACAGUUUUGAGAGAGCCAAACAACAAAUCAAACCAGAAACCGACAAGGAGAAGAAAAUAGAUACAAGUUAUCAAGGCAUAUACAAACAAUUCUUGGAGAUCAUGAAAAGCAUGCAGGUGACUGCUGUACCAACAGUUGGACAUCCUUUUGAUCCUUCGGUACAUGAAGCGAUUGCAAGGGAAGAAUCUCAAGAGUAUGAGGAUGGGAUUGUUUUACAAGAAUUCCGGCCUGGAUUUCUGGUUGGAGAGCGGCUAAUAAGACCAGCUAUGGUUAAAGUUUCUGCAGGGCCAGGGCCUGGGCCUAAAACUGAGGAAGCUCCUGCAACUGUUGAAGACCAUGCUGAGCAGGAAGCUGCCGCAGAAGGAUAAGCUGUGUUAGCGAGCAUACCUCUUUUUUUCUGGAAUUAUUUUACAGAGAGGUUCAACCACGGCCUGUGAUUGCUUGUGGUAUAAAAAACUCCAGUUUCAGCGUACUAUCUUUUUUUUCGUUUUUGUCUAACUAUGGGUAAAAAUGAUUGGUCUUCACUCUUCAGUGUAGUUACGACAACAGGGGCAAGCAGAGGCCACCAAGAGUUAAGAUGAUCGUUUCUUUGACACACUAUGUGGUGGUCGAUGAGCUAUUUGAUUUGAAAUGAUGUUUUCUACAUUGUCCAUUACAACACCCGAAACCCGAACUAUGCCACUUGUGUUCUAUUCUUUUCAAUAUUUCAUUUAUGUCCUGAACUAUUAUUCGAUUAAUGUUGAUCGGCGUUGACUGUUAGUAUUUACAGAACAUCCAGUCAGCGGUGACGUGACGUC